AUGAAACUUCAAGGACUAAUAAAUUUUGGUAACGUUUGUUAUCUUAAUAGUGUUCUUCAAGUGUUAUACUCUAUCGAACCUCUAAGAAAUUAUUUGCUUAAUGGAGAGUAUAAAAAAGAUAUUAAUAAAACAAAUAAAAUGGGACAUGAAGGAAAAUAUGUGGAUACUAUGGCUGAAUUCUUUUCUACUUACUCUCAUGGUCAACCUAUUACAAAUAACUUAUUAAAUUUGUUGUCUAAUUUAUUUCCUUUUGGAGAACAACAUGACUCACAUGAAACACUUAUUCAUUUAAUUGACUGUAUGCAUGAGGAUGUAUGUCAUGAUGGAAAAAGUAUAAUUCAUGAUAUAUUUUAUGGAGAAGUUGAUUCAACAAUAAUGUGCUCUCAUUGUAUUUAUCAAAGUAAAACUAAUUCAAACUUUAAUUGUCUUGAAUUAGAUAUUCCUAAAAGAACUAGUUGUUAUUCUGAUAUUGAUUCAGCAUCAUUAAUGAAUGAUAUUAUUGUAGGAAUUAAGGGAUUUGCAAAUAAUAAAUUAAUUGGAUCAGAUAUUUAUAUUUAUCUACCACGAGUAACAACAGCAAAUCAAUUGUAUAAAUUAAUUGCUUCAAUAUUACAUUUAGAACCAACAGAUAUAUCCAAAAUCUUUAUUACAAGGAAUCAUUUAAGAAGAGAAAUUUUUAAAAAUGAAAUCAUUCGGUUAACAGAUGCUCAAGUUGAAAUACAUAGUGAAAGAAAAAAAUUAACAAUGUUUUCUGAUAAGUCUAUGAGUAUCGUUGAUGCUCUUAAACAAUACUUUAAACCAGAACAAAUGGAAGAAUGGAAAUGUGAAGAAUGUCAUAAUAUUGGAGGUAAAAAAUGCCUUAACUUUAAAACAUUUCCUAAAUACUUUAUUAUGAGUAUAAAAUUAUUUGAAAUGGGCUAUUAUGGGUGUAUUAAAAAAACUGAUUAUCUUACAUUUCCUGAUCGUUUUGAAUGUCAAAAUAUUGUAUCUUCUUUUCCGCCUUAUACAUAUGAAAUUGUUUCUGUUAUCAAUCAUAUUGGUUGCUCAUUUUUUGGACAUUACUAUUCUUAUGUAAAGUUUCAAGAUAAGUGGUAUUGUUGUAAUGAUGAAAGUGUUAACGAAGUGUCCCAAAGUGAUAUUCAUCAAAAAGAGGCAUACAUUGUAAUUUACAAACAAAUAAAUUGA